AGACUGAACCCCAUCAGCAGGCAUUUAGGAGGACUGAACCCCAUCAGCAGGCAUAGAGACAGACUGGACCCCAUCAGCAGGCAUUUAGGAGGACUGAACCCCAUCAGCAGGCAUAGAGGCAGACUGGACCCCAUUAGCAGGCAUAGAGGCAGACUGAACCCCAUCAGCAGGCAUAGAGGCAGACUGAACCCCAUCAGCAGGCAUAGAGGCAGACUGAACCCCAUCAGCAGGCAUAGAGGCAGACUGAACCCCAUCAGCAGGCAUAGAGGCAGAUUUGACCCCAUUAGCAGGCAUAGAGGCAGACUGGACCCCAUUAGCAGGCAUAGAGGCAGACUGGACCCCAUUAGCAGGCAUAGAGGCAGACUUGACCCCAUUAGCAGGCAUAGAGGCAGACUGGACCCCAUCAGCAGGCAUAGAGGCAGACUGAACACAAUCAGUGCAUGCUACUUUGUAUAUGAUCAUGGGCUCUAUACUCUAAACUGGACUUUUUUUUAA